AAUUAAUAAUCACACAUUUCAUAUUUCUCCCUUUCUUUCCAUUUUCUUUCUUACUUUAAUGAAUAAAGAUAGACAAUCGGUAGAAGAAGUGUAUUCAUUAAGAGAAACACACCAUGAUUCAUCGUCGUCCCUUCCAGAAGAUGGCGCAUUCUAUAAACAUUUUACUCUUCGAUCUGUCCUAUGUGGUUUAAUCAUUGGCACGCUGAUGUGCUUUUCCAAUAUGUAUUUUGGUCUUCAAACUGGUUGGAUAUCGAUGAUGUCACUCCAAUCUUCAUUGUUAGGUUUUGCAUUAUUUAAGCCUUUCCAGCGUGGAUUGAAGCACAAGUUUGGCCCUAUUGAAAACGUUGUCCUACAAACAACUGCUGUGGCAACGGCAACCAUGCCCUUGGCUGCAGGCUUUGUAGGCGUUAUACCCGCCAUGGAGCUCAUGACACCCAAUGAUAACCCCAGAGGCGCAGUUAUCUUGAAUUGCGGUCAAUUGAUUCUAUGGUCAUUGGCAGUUGCCUUUUUUGGAGUGUUUUUUGCGAUUCCUCUUAGGAAACAAACGAUUAUCCGAGAAAAAUUAAGAUUUCCUUCUGGAACCGCGACAGCACAAAUGAUCAGCUUACUUCAUGAGCAACCUGACCCGACAACAACAACAACUGCUCGACAGAGAGUAACGGCUGGUGGCGAAGAGCGUCAGCGGUUGCUUGAUGAUCAUGACUCGUCAUCGUAUGCCUCCACUCGAUCUUCCGACGAAUCAGUUAGAGAAGUAACAGCGCCCAAGGAAGAUUUUGAGCGCGUGUGGGCGUUGAAGCUCCAUGGUUUAUUUGCUUCCUUUUCGGUCUCUUCUCUUUACACGCUCUCAACCUACUUCUUCCCCAUCAUCAGUGCCUUACCCAUCUUCAAUUGGCUGACAUUCAACAUGAUCGAUUUCCAGGCUUGGGAAUGGUAUUUCACACCGAGCUUUAGUUAUAUCGGCCAAGGCAUCAUCAUGGGCUUACCCACAACCUUAUCCAUGCUUCUCGGCUGCGUCGUGGGUUGGGGUAUUCUAUCACCCUUGGCUCAUCAUGCCGGAUGGGCACCUGGUCCUGUAGACGAUUGGAAGGAUGGAUCCAAGGGCUGGAUUCUCUGGAUAUCGUUGGGUGUUAUGAUUGCUGAAUCAUGUGUCUCUCUUUUGGUUGUGCUCAUGCGAGCUAUUGUUAAGACAUACCGUCAUCGACAAGUCAGGCAAGAAGAAGAACAAACUGUGAUCGAACAAGAUGAGGUAGACGCGCCUCCUGAGGAACAGGUACCGCAUAUAGUCACAAUUCUUGGCCUUAUCUUGUCGACUCUGUCAUGCAUCUAUCUCGUGAACGUUGUGUUUGGCCCAGACGUGCUACCUAAAACCAUGACUCUUUUGGCUGUCGCGGUUGCCAUGUUUCUCAGUAUCCUUGGCGUUCGUGCAUUAGGUGAAACAGACUUGAAUCCUGUGAGUGGUAUCGGCAAGAUUAGCCAAGUCUUUUUCGCAGGCGUGAUGCCUGGUAGUAUUCUGGCUAAUUUGAUUGCUGGAGGUAUUGCCGAAGCUGGAGCUCAACAAGCAGGUGACCUGAUGCAGGAUUUGAAAACAGGUCAUUUACUUGGUGCCUCACCCAAAGCUCAAUUUUAUGGACAAAUGAUUGGCUCGUUUGCUAGUGUCUUUAUUGCUUCAGGCGCUUAUCUACUUUACCGCACUGUCUACACCAUUCCUGGCCCAGAAUUCCCUGUGCCGACUGCACAGGUAUGGUUAGACAUGUCACGACUCGUCAACGGACACCCUCUACCGCCUCAUGUAUCCGAGUUUGUCUAUGCUUUCGCACUUCUUUUCACUGUUUUUGUUCUCCUCAAGGAACUCUAUCCGUCCAAGACAAGGUUCGUACCACAAGGCAUUGCGUUUGCUAUCGGUAUGUAUAAUCCACCCAAUUUUACACUCGCUCGUGUUAUCGGAGGAUUGGCUGUCUAUUACUGGAACAAGGCCUGUGAUGCACCUGGUGAUAAUGUAUCCUGGAUAGAACCUUAUCGAUCUGUUGCUGGUAAAGUGUUCAUUGUGGUCAUUGCCAGUGGCUUUGUUCUAGGCGAAGGAACAUUUGCAAUAGUCAAUAUGACCAUGCGUGCAUUAAAUGUCCCUCAUUUUUAGAAUGUGUAAAUAUAUACUCUUUUAUAUAAAUAAAUAGAUAAUGACUUGAUAAG